AUGAGGCAUCCCUACAAUUUCUUCCAGCCCGUCCGCCGAAGCGCACGACGAGCGGCCUUGUGGGACUUAAAAGGACCAGAAGCCAAACAGAGGAUGAUGUCAUGGCUAGAUGCCACAAUCUUAGAGAAUCACUUCGCAGAGAUGAAGACAAUGGGCGUUGAAGUCUUGCGGGUACCCUGUGGCUAUUGGAACUGGGUGACGUAUGCCCAUGAUGAUGGGCCGGAAGUAUCAGGGGUCUAUGCCACGGGCCCAAUCCGAGACAGGCUGAAAAACCUUCAUCGGAUUGCUUCUCCCCGUGAAUACAGACAAUACUUUGACAAAAUUUUUGACUUCGCAGAACGGCACGGGAUACAAAUCUUGCUUGAUUUGCAUGCCGUGCCAGGAUCCCAAAACGGAGAAAUCCACAGUGGCGUUUGCAUUGAGUCAAACGAGGACGAACAUCAUCGACAUUUGGGUUUCUUUCAGUGCCAGGCAAACUUGCGCAUGGCCGUCAAUGCCGUCCGAGAAAUGGCUAGGUAUGGAAGGAGUAAGAGGAAUUUGUUUGGGAUCCAAGUGAUUAGCGAGCCGCACCUUCAUACAGAUGAGGGACACGCAUAUUUGCAAUCCUACUAUCAACAAGCCAUCCUGGCAGCACGGGAAUUUCUGGAUAGCAGCGUGCCCAUCGUUCUCUUCGAGUGGACCUAUGAGAUGUUAAAGUGGGAUGAUGAUGCAUUUCCUGAGUCCACCUAUGGAAGAGUAUGCUGGGAUACCCACCUCUACCAUUUUCCGGCACCUGGCGAGAAAUGGACUUCGGAGAACAAUGGUUUGGAACAGGCAAAGCAAGCCUAUUCCUGGGAUUUACAGCAAUUGCGACAAUUUGCACGUGCACAAGGCCGCGACCGCGUCUUCGUGGGCGAGUUCUCCUUGGCGGGACCCUCGCUGAAGGCCAGCGAAACCAAAGACUUUGCAGCAUGGCUUGUGGAGCAGAUGGACUUCGCGUGUGGUGGUUCGAUGCUUUGGUCCUAUGACAAUCGGAUCACCGCAUGGAGUUUACAACGUCAGUGGCAGGAAUUGGGCCUCAACUGGCGGAGCCUUUGGGCAGAGUCGGAUGGUGCUUUUCUUGAGGGUCCCAUGGUGGGCUUCCGUGCGGCCGCCUUUGGCACGUGGCUGCGGGCCACUGAGAAAGGAGCUGUGGAGGCUGAUGCACCUGAGCACUCUUGGUGGGAAGAGUGGGUGCCAUAUACCUAUCGCGUGCAAGGCAGACAGAAACUGGCCUUGAGGUCUGCAGCCUUUGGCACCUGGCUUAGCGUCACCCGGGAGGGAGAAGUGGUCCAGUCAAAUGACAGGUCAGCCUGGGAGGAGAAGCUGCACUUUGAGCAAACCUUGUAG